AUGCUCAGGACCGCCGGGCUGGCCCUGCUGGCUCUGGUCGGCACGGUGCACCCUGCCCAGGCAAGCGGCUUCACAGAAAACGGACUCUCCUUGCUGAGUUUCCAGCUGUGCAACUACAGCGUGACCCAAAACGUCCGGAAGGUGGAGGCGGUCCACACGUCGCACGUGAUCUAUGCUCCCUGCGGCGGGUGGGUCCCAUGGAGGAGGUGCCCCAAGACCGUGUACAGAACUCAGUACCUGGCCGUGGACGUCCCCGAGCCCAGGAACGUGACCGACUGCUGUCGGGGUUACGAGCAGCUGGGCCUCUACUGUGUCCUGCCCCUGAAUCGGUCCAGGGAGUUUGCCUCCAGCCCCGGGGUCUGCCCGGCGGUGGGGCCGGAAGCCGCCGCCUCGCCGUGCACGCUGGACACAGACUGCCCCGGGCUUCAGAAGUGUUGCCUCUCACCCCAGGGCCACCACUGCGUGGCUCCCGCUCCCCGAGCUCCAGAGAGGGACCCGGUGAUCUUCUGGUACGAAGUGACUGUUCUGGUGAAAAUGGCCUUCCAGGAACUGGAGGAGGUGGACCCCAGGCUCCUGAAUCACAUGCGGCUUCUGUACUCCAUGGUCACCGGUGCCUUGCAGCCGCUGCACCCCUCUGUCCACCACCUGCAGUCGGCCAGCGGGGACCCCUCGACCACGGUGUCACAGCUGCUGCUGGGCCUGCCCUGGCCGGUGCCCGUGGCCAAUGUCUCCGCGACGCUGGAUGGCAUCGUGAAGCGUGUCUAUGAAGUGAUCAGCAUCCGGGUGCAAGGGUCCUCACGCCCAAGUGCCGGCCAGCAAAUCCCAGAACAGGUGGACCCCAACCUGUUCCGUCAGCUCUCGGGUCCCUCACCGUCCCUCUUGCCGGUUCCCACCUUCUCCAGGGACACCCUUGGCCUUGGGAGGCCCAUCUGCCGCAAAGUGCCUCUCCCAGGCAGCAUCAGCCCCUGGGUGCACGUGGGACUGCAAGAGGAGCUCGCCAUGUGCCUGACACGGCCCCCCAAGCUGGGGAUGACGGUCGCCUGCAGCUGCUCUGCUAUGCAGCUCGGAGGGGGAGGGGCACAGGGCCAGCAGCCUGCUGGGCCAUAUGCAGGUCGCCAGGUGGCAGGUGUAGGUGCCAGUGGGCAGCUGGGGUGCACCGCAUUGGUUACCGCAGCCCCAGGACCGCUGACAUGGGGUGAGGCCAGGCCCCCUGCAGCCGUGCGCAAGGCGGAGUCCGGGACCUUAGAGGCGUUUCACUUGCCGCGGGGCCUUGACCUGCUGUUCGCCGUGGUCAACCGUGGUCUGGAUGCAAAAGAGAAAGUCCAGGUAAAGAAACGUGAAGAUUGGUACAAGGUCCCAAAGCCGGUUCUAACAGACAGCCCAGUCCCCAUCCGCCACCCGAGGCGACCUCCCCUCUCGGUGCUCCGGCUGGAGGGCACUGCCCCAAUUUUGGAUGAUCUGUCCCUGACCCAGAGCCACCACGGGGCAUCCUCCGGGGACUGCCGUGACGCGCCACGCGUGGCCCAGUGGCCGUGCCGUGUGGAGGGCCAGGGGAGCGAUGGGCGAGGCCAGCGGAAGUCCUCCGCCGAUGACCACAAGCGAGUGGAUCAGGACACUCGGGCCCUGGGUUGGGACUGCCCCCCCAUCCGGGACCACGUGGCCCUCAACGUCACCAGCAGCAGCUUCCGGGUGUCCUGGCGUUUGCACUCGCCCUGGCCCCGCACUUUCCUCGUGCAGGUUUACAAGGGGCAGCAGCUCGUCCGGAGCGCCAGGACCGUGGGCAGCAGCCUGGAGGUGGCCGGGCUGGAGGCCGGAGAGCGGUACGGGGUGCGCACCGCCUACCGGGCGUGCGGGGCCGACGUCACGGCCACGCUGGCCGUCAGGACCGAGGCCCGGGUGUUCCAAGUCACCGUCAGGGUCCUGAACUGCAACAUGACGGACGGGCUCCUCAACCGCAGCAGCGCCGAGUUCCAGGACUUUUCUCGACAACUGCUCCGUGAGGUUGAAAACUCCUUCCCGCCGGCCGUGUCCGACCUGAACAGGAGAGGGAAGCUGAAGAUUCGGAUGGUGUCUCUCCAGGCCGGGAGCGUGGUGGUGACGCUCAGGCUGACCGUGCAGGACCCCGAGUCCCCAGUGGGCGUGUCCAUGCUGGUCCCCAUGCUCCCGCGCCUGCUGGCCAGCACUGUGUUCCAGAUUGAUCCGCGGGGCACGCUCGUGGAAGAUUGGGAUGAGUGUGCAGACAGCCUGGGGCAUGACUGCUCCCCCGCUGCCCAGUGCAUCAACGUCGAGGGCUCCUAUACCUGCCAGUGCCGGACGGCCAGGGACGCCAACCCCUCCCGCGCGGGCCGGGCCUGUGAGGGCGACGUGGUGGGCCCCACGGGAGUGCGGCUGGCUCCAGUGACCGGCGUCACGGCCCCCGCCACCAGCACAGGGGACCCCGCCUGGUGGACCAGCCCUGGGCUCCCGUGGGCCACGUCUGCGGCAGGUCAGGCCCAGAGCCUGGGGCCCCCACCCAGGCGAGGGGGCAGCAGCCUGGUCGGGAAGGACGAGAACAGCACAGGGCCAGGUGUGGAGGAGGGGGCGGCCAGCGCUGCCCCGGGCCUGGUGACAGAACAGGGGGCGGCCAGCGCAGCUCCUGGGACAACCCGCAGCUCCCCUGCUGGGCCUGCAAAUGACUCCCUGGGUGCCCCUGGACGGUUAUCGAGAAACCCCAGCACGGAGCUGCCCCUCGGGCCCGGUCCUACCCAGGGCCCCGCAGACCACGUCGCCUGGCACACCGGCCCCCCGACUUGGGACACGGCACCGGCAGCUCUGGACCCCACAGGGCCACAGGCCUUGGACCCUGGACCCUCCAGCUCCCCGGACCUGGCCUCAGCCCCCACCCCCAAGUCUCCGACGCCUCCGGCCUGUGUUCCCAUGACCAUCGAACGGGUCACGGUGUCCAACGUGACCAGCACCAGCUUUCACAUGGCGUGGGUGGCGGUGCCCGCCCCGCACCCCACCUUCCAGCUCAUCCUGAUCUCCCCGCGGAGCCCCGCGGUGCGCCUGGACACCCGGAACGCAAGCCUGACGCUGUCGGGCCUGGAGCCUGGCGUCCUGCACCUGGUGGAGAUAGCGGCCCACGCAUGUGGGAGCGGAGGCGCCAGGGCCCGCCUCAAGGUCAGGACAGCGGCCCAGAAACUCAGAGGGAACGUCAGAAUAGCCAAUGUCCGGUACGUGGAGUCCUUCCGGAACGCAAGCAGCAGGGAGUAUCAGGACUUCCUGGAGCUGUUCUUUAGGGUGGUGCAGGACGCCUUGCCGGCCGCCAUGCUCCAGCACGUGGACGCGGGCGGGGUCCGGAUGGAGGUGACCGGCAUCGCCAACGGCAGCGUCGUGGUGGAGUUUAACCUGCUCGUCAUCGCCAACGUGGAUGUCCGAGAGGUGUCCGCCGCAUUCCUCGUCGCCUUCCGGAACGCCUCCCUGCUGGAGGUGGUGGGCGACGGCACCUUCAUACAGGAUUACGAUGAGUGUGAUAGCCAGGAGCAUGACUGUGAGCCGGGCGCGUCCUGUCGCAACACCCUGGGCUCCUUCACCUGCAGCUGCACGGAAGGUGCCCCCCACUUCCCCGUGGAGUUUUCUGGAAGGCCCUGUGAAGGUGACUCUCCUGGAAACACAACCUGGGCUCCCGGCCCCACUCUGGCUGCAGGCCCUGACCAGGUCCCCACUCCAGUAGAGAGCGGGGCUACCUCUGUGCCGGGUGCCAGCCCGGGGCCUCAGGGCCUGCCCCCGCGGCUGCACCUGACCCAGGCGGUCAGGGUGCUCUGCGACAUCGAGAAGGUGGCCAUCGCCAUCCAGAGGCGCUUCCUGCAGCAGGAGUCCAUCCCCGAGUCCUCCCUGUACCUGGGACAUCCAUCCUGUAAUGUGAGCGAACACAACAGCACGCACGUGCUCCUGGUGGCCGGCUGGAGCGAGUGUGGAACCGUCGUGCAAAGCAACAUGACGAGUACAGUGGUGAGGACCACUCUGAGGAAUGACCUGUCCCCCGAGGGUGUCAUCCACCACCUACAGAUCCUGAGUCCCAUCCGCUGCGCCUUCCAGAACGACCUCCUCACGUCGUCGGGCUACACCCCGGAGUGGGGGGUCUAUACCAUCAUCGAGGACCUCCAUGGCGCUGGCAAUUUUGUCACCGAAAUGCAGCUGUUCAUUGGGGACUCCCCUAUACCUCGAAAUUACAGUGUGUCUGCCAGCGAUGAUGUCAAGAUCAAAGUGGGGCUCUAUACGCAGAGAAACAACCUCAAGGUGGUCCUGACCGAGUGCUGGGCCACGCCUUCCAGCAACGCCAGGGACCCUGUCAUGUUCGGCUUCAUCAACAACAGCUGCCCCGUUCCCAACACGCACACGAACGUGAUCGAGAAUGGGGACUCCAGCAGGGCCCAGUUUAAGCUGAAAAUCUUCUCCUUCAUCAACAACUCCAUCGUGUACCUGCACUGCAGACUUCGCGUCUGCAUGGACUCCCCUGCAGCCACGUGCAAGAUAAACUGCAAUGAUGUUCGGUCCCCGAGAAGCAGUGAAGCAUUUGAGACACACCAGAUGUCCUGGGGACCCCUCAUCCGGUCUGAAGGUGAGCAUCGCGGUGCGGCGGCGGGCCUGGGCGCCGGUUACCUGGUCCUCAUCGCGGUGGCCGUCUGUGCCGUGGUGGCCGGGGCGGCUGCGCUCGUCCUGGUGCACUACCGGAGAAUGACGGGCAAGUACCGCUUCCGGGCGGGGCCCGACGACUUCAGCUACCGGGUGUUCUACGAGGAGGCGGUGCCCGCUGGCCCCAAGACGGGACGAUGCCGCCAGCAGCAGGGCCCUCUGCUCCAGAAGCCUCCACGGCUCCCAGGGCUUCCUGGCUGCGCCCGCCUGGUGCUGACCAGGACCCAUCAGGGGGCCACUCUGCACGGGGAAUGGGGGGUUGCGGAGAGGGAGACCCAGUCUGGCACUGCCCUGCCCCGGCCCUGCUAG